AUGAGCACAAAGCAGUGCCCUCAGUGCGGUUCUGAUCUAAAGAAGUGCCUGAUACAGCAAAACUAUAGCCUAGUGAUGUGUCCACAAACUGAUUGUAGCUACCCCUUCAACGAUAGCGAAGUGACAGAGAAUAUUGUGUAUACGGAAGAUAAAGAAAUUCUGAAAGCCGCCAAGAGCCGGCUCAAAGAGGGGAAAGAGAAUAGGUAA